AUGUCUGGAAACUGCUGUUCUAGGAAAUGCCCCUCCGUGCCAGCCAUCUCUCUCUGCUCCACGGAGGUGAGCUGCAGAGGGCCCGUCUGCUUGCCCAGCUCCUGCCAGAGCCAGACGUGGCAACUGAUGACCUGUCAAGAUGGCUGCGGAGCAUCCAGCUGUGGCCCACAAUGCUGUCAGCCCUCCUGUUCCGUGAGCAGCUGUGCCCAACCCGUGUGCUGCGAGGCCACCACGUGUGAUCCCUGCUGUUCCGUGAGCAGCUGUGUCCAACCCGUGUGCUGUGAGGCCACCACGUGUGAUCCCUGCUGUUCUGUGAGCAGCUGUGUCCAACCCGUGUGCUGCGAGGCCACCACAUGUGAGCCUUCUUGCUCCGUGAACAGUUGCUGCCAGCCUGUGUGCUGCGAGGCUGCUUCCUGCCAACCGGUCCUCUGUGUGCCCACCCCCUGCCAGCAAGUUGUUUGUGAGCCCAGCUGCUGCCCAGCUGUCUGCACUGUGCCUAGUUCUUGCCAACCAGUGGUCUGUGAACCUGCUUGCUGUCAGCCCGUGUGCCCCACGCCCAGCUGCUGCCCAUCCAUCUGCUCCGUGGGCAAUAGCUGCCAGGCUGCUUGCUGUGAGCCCAGUCCCUGUGAGCCAUCCUGCUCCGGGCCCAGCAUCUGCCAGCCGGCUCCCUGUGUGACUCUGGUCUGUGAGCCUGUCUGCCUUCGCCCCGUCUGCUGUGUUCCGAGCCCUUGGGAAGCACCUUGUGUCUCUAGCACUUGCCAAGAGCCCUCGUGUUGUGUCUCCAGCAUCUGCCAACCCAUCUGCUCAGAGCCCAGGCCCUGCUCACCAAGUGUCUGUGUGCCUCGUCCAUGCCAACCUGCUUGCUACCUAGUCCAGAGCCGUCAGUCCAUCUGCUGUGAGCCUGUUUCCUGCCCAUCUCCCUCCUGCCAGCCUCCCUGCUGCCGCCCGGGGUCUUCUGCAUCUGCCAUCUGCCAACCGACUUACCCUCGGACUUACUACAUACCCAGCUCCUGCAAACCGUCUUGCACGACGUCGGUCCCCUACCGCCCAAUCUACCGCUCAAUCUACUCUGGACCCCUCACCUACAGGCAGCCGUAUGUGACGUCCAUCUCCUACCGCCCUGCCUGCUACCGCCCUUGUUACUCCAUCCUGCGCCGCCCGACCUAUAUCACUUCAUUCUCCUACCGCCCGAUGAGCUCCUGCCUGCCUUGUGCUAACUCCUGCAAAAGAGAUUGCAAAAAGUCCACUUCCAGCCAACAGGAUGGUGCCGACUCCACUCCCGGCAAGGCCGAAGUCUCAGAGGACAAUCCCUGCCAGCCCACGGAGGCCAACUCCACCAGCCCAACCACCCGUGAGGCCACAGCCAGCCAGCCUGCUGCCGCCAAGCCUGCCAACCGCUGA